CGCUUGUCGAGUUGACCGAUAUUAAUCGGUUUUUUGUAUACAUUUUCAAUCAAACCGUAUGUUUUUUUUUGGUCCAACGUGAAUGACGUACAACUCAAAGGUGGAGAGUUACUAGGUUUUACAAAUUUUACCCAGAAAAAGUUAUCUGUAAGAGAAUAGAGUAAUGCGUUUCCUUUUUAUAUUGUAUGGUGGAGAGCCUCAGCCAAUCCUUUUCCAGUUUAGUAUAUACGUUUGUUAAUUAUUCGCGCAGACCGCUAUAAAUUCCAUGCUUACCACCUGCAAGCGGUCUGACGGAUUUUCUGCCCGCGGUGCUAUUGCAAGUUUAAUGAAAUGUUUGAUUUCACACUUUAUCUGCACUCUUCUACGGAGAGCGGAUAAAUAGUAUAUUUCUUUUUCCGCUCCCGUCAACCAAAUGAUCUAACAUUCAGAAUCUUCUUGAUCCGGCCUAAUCUCAUCUUUCAUGUUCGUCUUAACCUAACUAUCGUUUUUAUCAAAUGGAUCAUCUUUUUGGCUCCUUUUUGAAAACAGAUUUUAUUUUUAUUUUUAUAGAACUAAAGAAGAGGAAAGUUUGACGAAAGAACAAUACUAAAACGAAUUACUUAAGAUAGCAAAGACUCAAGGAAUGGAGAUGACAAACAUAAAGUUAGGAUUAUGGACAGUCAUCUUAACUUUCAUCGCUGCUGUAAACGCUCGAUCGUCGUUACCAAUCGUUCAGUCACCCGAUAUAGGAGAAACAGAUAAAGUUGUAACUAUAUCUACUAUAAGGUAAAAGGAGGAAAAACUAUACAAACUUUGGGGCACUUUUCACGCUCGACUGCAAAAAACUCACAUCAAUAGGAUAGAGUUAUUGUUUUUAAUUUGCCGGUCGCUUUGAUGCUGCACGCUAACUGACCAUUGGAAUAUAAAUAGGCGUACUGCAGCGAAACACUGCAAUUAAUUUCGUCCGGCUGCCGCGAGAUAAACACGUGCAACAGGCGUUCCUGAAAUCGGCUCAUCAUCUCUCAACCGACUCCUUUCCUUUCGUUCGAUUACCCAAUCGAUCGUAAUACUUAAUGAUAUAAUAGAAGAAAUAGACAAAAAAAUGAUGGGUCAGAAAACUUGUCAAGAUAAGACAUCGUCACGCUAACCUGGCUAAUUUCUACGUCGAUUCGAAUUUCGACGAAUUUAAUGCAUUUCCCCUCAUCUCAAUUGAUCAAAAUCGUGACGCUUCAAUAUAAUCCAUCAUAUUACCCAUCUUUUGUUCCUGUUGAACAAAAGAAUUGACCUCGUUACACACUUGACUUGAUGCUUCUUGGUGAGCGUUUUCUCCGAAGGCGUUUUCUGUCUAUUUUUAUUUAGUUGCCUCGCUUGUAAUUAUCUUCGUCUGUCGUGAAAGAAGGAAAAAGUGACUACGAGGGGUAAUGCAUAGAAAGGCACGGAUUAUUAGCUGCCACUGUUUUACUCACGUUCAAGACACGCUCCCUUCAAGUGAAAUCCUUUAUCGUUUCCUAUUUAAUUGCCGGUGAAGGAAAUGUUUGUAAUAAAAAAAUAGUUAUGUCUAGUGAAAAACUCGGCAAAUAACAUUUACUCCGCAUCUAAUUACAUUCGUCUUAUAAAUUGGCCAUCGUAGCGUACAGAUAACUAAUAGAAUUCGCUCUUCCGCUUAGUUCGUGCGUCCUCCCCCUCUUCCUCUUCUCUUAUUAUCCCUAAUACUGUAAAUCGUUCAAUUAGUAAUUUAGACGCCGUAUAUUUACAUUUAUAUACGCUAUUGUAUAAUCUAUAAUACCGGAUAUAUGCAGAGCGAACUUUUGUGGUUUUUUCAUUACUCAGAGUGUGACAUUUUGGCAGAUCGUGCUAAGACCUUUUUAUAAUUGUUUCCUUGCCAUAUUGGACAAAGAAGAUAAAAGGAAACAUACCAGUGGGAAAAUAAGUUCAUAGAGUGAGACAGAAAAUGAGAGAGACAGCGUAAAAGAGAAGGCGGCAGGGCGUGGUAUGGGAGGGGGUAAGGGGAUUGAGGUAAAGAGAAUGACAGGAGGAGCGAAAAAGAAAGAAGAAAAACAAAAGAAUGGUAACAGAGGAAGUCACCGUAUAUAUCUAAAUAUAUACUGAGUAAACAAAAUGAAAGAAUAAGGAAGGAAGAGGAGUAGACGUGAAAGAGCAUAGAAUGUCUUGUACAAGUAUAUUAAAAGCGGUUGGAGUUUUAAGAUAGAUGAAUUUUGCCUUAAGUAAUAUACAAAGAAAUCUAACAGUUGCAGUGAGACUGCAAAUUAAUGACUGCACUUAGCAAACAAUAAAAAUACCGAUAUACAAUCUAUACAAUGGUUAAUAUAUAUGGCGCCAAACUAGCGUGAUGGCGAGCUUUCAAUGCUCAUUCAAAAUUUAAGAUACCCUACCUUUUUGUUAUUUAUUCCAUAAGUUGACCUUUAUACUCCUCUCUUUUUCUAAACUUUCUCUCCCUCCUCUUUUUCUUUAUAUCCUUUUUAUGCCCAAUUUUUUGCAUAUUUUUCUUCCGGCAGAUUGAGCCGUACGUCGUCAUCCAUAAGGAAAUAAGGGAUCACUAUCGUUACGAAGGUUAUAUUAUUGAUCUAGUUCGAGAGUUGUCUAGGGAUUUGGGCUUCAAAUUUAAAAUAUUUGAAGUAGAAGAUGGUCAAUUUGGCUUUCGUCAUAAUGGAAAUUGGAAUGGUAUGAUUGGAGAAGUUAUAGGAAGAAGGGUCGAUUUAGCGGCAGCUCCCCUCCUCAUGACUAGACCUAGAAUGAGAGCCAUAGACUUUACAGAACCAUUCAUGAAAGUUUACGCAUCUGUGUUAAUAAAUAAACAAGCAAGCGAACUUAUAAAUGGCUACAAGGAUUUAUUAAAUCAUCCCCACUUUACAUAUGGAGUGCAAGCUAAAGGUGUUUUACGAAGAGCAUUAAAGUUGUCAAAUGAUACAGAUUUGUCAAGAUUAUGGAAGCAAAUGUUAAGGUGGCAAGAAAGAGGUUUAAAAUUCAUAUUUACAAAGAAUAACGAAAGAGGUAUCAAGAAUGUAAGAAUCGACGAAAGCUACGCCUUUAUCCUCCCUUCACCAAUUGCAGACUAUAUGCAACUUCAAAUGCCUUGCAAUUUAAAAUCAGUUGAUAAGUUCCUUAUAAAUAUGGACUAUGCUUUUGCUGCAAGAAAAAACUCUUCUUUAGUAUCAAAAAUAAAUAAAUCAUUGAGAAAAUUCAAGAAAAAUGGAUAUUUAGAUAGACUACGGAAAAAGUGGUGGGAAGAUAGAUCCCAAUGCUCCUCAGCUAGAAGUAUCAAGAGAGAAGUAUUGGGAUAUAACGGGAAAUCUACCGCUGUAAAGGGACAUUUUUAUUUAGUACUUCUACCUCCUUUACUAUUAUUAUUGUUAUAGUGUAUCAUAACAGUCUAGAAUUAAUAAAAAGAAACGAAGAAGAUAGGGGGAUGAAUGUAUAUAAAAGAAAUAUAAAAUAUAUACAUAACGACUAUAUAUAUAUAUAUAUAUAUAAAUGUAUAUGUAUGCAGUAUAUACAGCAUAAAUGAUGUAUCUAUAAAAGAAAACGAGUAAGAAAGAAAGGAAGAAGAAGAAAGAAAAGAAAGAAAGAAAAAAAAAAAAGACUGCAGAUUACAAUUCCAUUAUGCUCAUUCUAACUGUCUUCUCUAUUUGUUUGUAUACUGAAAUCACCUUAUUAUAUAUUCAUGGUCACAUAUUGUUUAAGCUUUUUUGUUCAUGUAAAUCAUAUAGUUGAUAACUGUUUUUCUAGUUUAUUCUAGCGAUAUCCAUACAUAUAUAUAUAUAUAUUACUAAUAUGUAUUUAUAUGUAUGCUAUAUCGUAUAAAAAUCCGCCUAAUGAUUUUAUUCCUUCCCAUUUGAAUAGAGAAAUACCUUUGAAGUUUAUUAUAUAAAUCUUGUACAUACAAAGAUUCUAAUAAUAUACAUAUAUUAUACGUAAAAUAUGUAUAUAAACAGUAUAUAUACAAAGAUAUAGGUAACUAUAUUUGAAAGCCUAUAUACAAUAUAUAGGCAUAUAUUUAUCUAUUUUUUAUGUACAACUUCUACUUCGUCGACCAAUGAAUUGUUAAUAACAUUUUAUAUACAUAAAAAUAUAUAUAAUAUUAUUAUACAAU